AGGACCUCAUUAAAAAUUCCCAUUGCUCUUCGUUGAUUGCGCCGAUGACCACACCUGAAAUUUGAUUUGAAUCGAUCUGAGUCUGGACAUAUGAGUAACUCGACAGCAAUAGUUCUUUAUCAGAAGUGAAUGGUAUUCUCCAUUCAACAUCAUGGUUCUCCGCAGGGAGUGUUGUUUUCGUUUUGUUGAUUGCAUCUUCGCAUGAAAAUGCCACCUAACGACUUUCUGUUGUGGCGGGCCAAGAGCGGUCCGUUCUGCGUGCCUGGUGCAUAGCAGAGCUGUGAAAAUUUUCGGGAGAAGCGACUCGAGGCUUCUAAAACGACUUAUUGCUCCUGUUCGCCGACGGCCACCAGCGCAAGAACAAAAGCUUCAACAUGCCGAAGUACUCGGACUUCAACCGGGACCAGAUGACGGAGGGGGGGAAGAAGGGGCUGGAACGGUUCCGGUUGGCUUCCACCACGGUGAGCCGGAUGGCGGUGAAGACGAAUUAUGUGGUGAAGGACUUCGUCGAGUACCGCGACAUGUACCGCGCUGCCAGCAAGCGCAAGAACCAGCAGCGCGCCGGCUUCACGCGGCAUGUCACGGGGAUCGUCGAGGGGGUGAAAGACUUUCACGAGUCCGACGACGAGGAGGAAAUCGCGCGGCGGGUGGACAAGAAGGUAAGACAUGUCGACCAGGUGGACCGGAAGAAGGGGGAGCUGGAUUUCGUGCGCGCCGCGAAGCAGGACAUGGCGGACGAUUCGAAGCUGCAGGAAAUUCUCGAGCUGAAACGGCAGGAGGCCUGGAAGGCGAAGCCGUGGAACCAGAAGUUGAGCGACGGGCUCUUGGAUGCUUUUGAAAAUUUCCGCGUUGAGAUCCUUGGGCUGAAGCGGCGCCGCGAGAAGUACUCGGUGAAGGAGAAGCUGGAGGCGGAGCAGGAGUGGCAGCUGUUGCGCGUCCGGAAGAGAAGGUCCGUGUUGACCGCCUACGACGAGCGCGACCAGGAGGAUUCGGACGCCGAGCAGUUCGGGCGCGGCACGGACGAGACCGAGCGCCGGAAGGAAACGCUGAAGGCCGACAAGCUGCUCGAGGAGCGGCUGGCGGCGGAGAAGCGGCGGCGGGACCAGAUCAUGAACGUCGGCGGUGGGACCGGGAACCGCGAUGGCUCCGCCAUGGCGAUCGGCCUCGAUCUGGACGCGGAAAUAGACGACGAGGAGGGUAAGGGCAAGAAGAAGUCGACGAAUUUGGCUUCGCGCAUGGAAACCAAGACGGCGCCGUACAAACCGAUGGAAGAGUCGCUGCACGAAUACUCGGAGCGGUUGAACCAGGCGACCGAGAAUUUCCUGCGGCUCGAGGUGAAGCGGUUCACCGGGUUCGUGAAAACCGAGGGGGGCGACACGAAUGACCUGCUCCGCCUGGUGCGCGAGCUGAUCGAAAAGCCCGCGGUGGUGGAAAAGCUGGUGGGUUUGAAAGACCGCGAAAGGACUCUGGACGACAUCGUCGGCGCCGUGGAACGCGGGAAAUUCACCGGGUUCGGGUGCGGCGCCAACAAGUGGAUCCUGAUGACGCCGAAACCGCGCGGCAGCGCGGUGAAAAUCGAGUCUUUGCUCGGUACUAGCGCCGCAAAAAAGGAGGCGACGCCGGGUAUAGAGAAAAAGCGGUCGUUGCUGCAAAAGUCGGCCUCGGUGUCGUUCGCCAACUCGCAACAGGCAGACGCGGCGGAGGGCGUGCAGUGGGGCGAAGAGCUGAUCACGGGUAUCAUUUCGGAAAUCAUUUCCAUCAAGGACCCCCUCGAAAUCGCUUUGCUAGAGCGCAGACGGAACAUGUUUCUGCUGCAGUUGCCGUACUACCGGAAAUACUAUUCGCUCGACACGCUCGCGCGGACCGUGACAGAGAUUCGCGUGGCCACGCUGCAGCAGGAGCGGCUGUACACCCCGGAGCAGACGGAGAUCCUGCGAGCGAAAGAGCUGGCGAAGCGGUUCCAGACCAGCGGCGGCAAAAUUCCCGACGUGGCCUACCUGUAUCCGGCGGGCCUGCGAUCGGGGCUCAUUUUUGCCUUGUACAAGGACUACGUGUUGCAGUGCCUCGAGCGGCUCAAUCUGAUCCGCCAGAGGCUGGACAACGAGCUGGCGGAGGACGCGGAAGAUCGGCUCGAGGAGAUCGAGGCGGUGCCCGGCAACACCGAUGAGGACGCCAACUCGGAGAUUGUGCGCCAACAGCUACUGCUGAACCCCGGAAUGAAAUUUGCGGGCAUGGAAAAGUACGACACCCGGAAAAAGAAAAUCGAGGAGGAAGACGAGGAAGACGAGGAGCCGACCACGCUGCCGGGGAAAGCAAAGGCGUUUGUGGGAAAAGCUGGUAAGAUGGCCGUCGUGGGACUGGUGAAACUCGUGAAAGGCGGGAAGGAGCGCAUGAAAAAGGCCCUGGACGUGAAUGAUGAAGACGAGGACGAUGGGCCGAUGGUGCUCCCGGACGCGGUUCUGCAGCAGGAAGACUUGGGCGGGGAUGAGAUGCAGAAGGCCGUCGACCGAAUGCUCGCCGCGGCGCGGAAAGAGCGUCGGGAACGCCAACAGCAGACGGCGGCCGCGAAGAAAGAAGCGCAGCGGGGGUUCCCGCGUGAGGAGCGGUUGGCCGUGGCGAACGAGUUGGUCAGUUGGGACGCAAUUACGGUGGGAAUCGAGUUCGUGAUUUCCCAGAUCCGACUUCGCAUUUCCGACGGCAAGUUGAUCGAUCGGGAGCUGGAGCGGGAGCUGGCGAUCAUGGAAGUUUGGAGCAAUGCGUUGUCGGAGCACCUGGCCGAGAGCAGGAAAAACGCAAUGCACCUGAAGCGCGAGAAGGAAGUGCAGCGGAAAAAGCGAGUCCUCGAGGAGGAGAAGAAAAAGAAGCAGCGCAAAGCGGAUUUGCAAGCUGCACUGGCCAGCGGAAAGAUGGACCAGAUGGAAAAGGAAUACGAAGAAUCUGUGGACAAAAUGAUGGAAACCUUUCGGCUCGAGGUGAAGGCUAGAGGCGUCACGGGCCGCGUGGGACAGGAAUUGGAAGUCGAGGCGCCCUCCAGUCCUGCGGAUGCAGCAGCGGCCGAGAACGAAAAAGACGCAACGAGUCUGCGCGAGCGCAUGACGCAGGAGCAGCAGAGACAGCAAGCCUUGCUAGACAAGAAAAAGAAAUUGGAGAGUUUGGCGCAAAUGCGGCUGAAGGUGAAACAGGCAAGCAGGUGGGGCAAGGUUCGUGCCGCGAUGAACCUCGGCUCUGGGAAUUUCAAAAAGCAGCAGGCCCCGGGGCAGCCCGUCGAACUCGCACCGGCCCAAAAGAGUUGGGCAAAGCUUCGCGGGGCCGUGCGCCUCGGGGCGGCCCUUCGAAACCCGGAGAAGCUGGGAGAUGACAUAGACCCCUCGGUCUUUUCGAGUUAUGCGUCUCAGGCGUCCAGUGCGGGGAAUGAAAAAGAAGACAAAGACACUGACUCCUCAGCAUCUUCUACUUCCAACCGAGACGAGAAUAAAGGGGAGCAGAAGCGGUCACUCUUUGCUGCUCCGUCGCGAUCCUGGUCGGUGCUGCGAACAGCCGUGAAGUUAGGCACUGCGACCCGAAACAAGGAGGGCUCGCACACUGCGGAAACGGCACCCGACUCGUCGCAGAUCGCGCCUGAGGGGGCGGUCGAAGUCAACGAAGUUCUGCGGGAGAUUGUUUCGGAAGAUGAGAAGCGGGAGCGGGAAGACGCGGACCAACACUCUCAUCAACCCGAAAUGAACGACGCACCACGUUCUGUAGCAGAACAAGAACAUUCUGUGGACACCGCGGCACUGGUUGCCGCCACAGAGGCGGGCAGUCCAGAAGGCCAAGGGGAAGAGCUGCAAAAUGGGGAUGCAGCUGAUGGCGCAGCCGCAGCGCUAGUGGAGCAAAAAGAUCCACAUCCAGCCACUGAUCCGGACUCGGUCUCGCAAGCCAAUUUAGCUGCAGAUGGCGGACAAGAUGCUACCGCUGUUGAGAAUGUUGGUGCACCAGCUGCACACCACCUUGGCGAAAGCGACACUGUUGGCGGCCAGGAAGAGAUGACUAAUACACCAGUAGCUCCUGGUCCUGCCGGGGAUGAUGCAAAGCUGCGCUUGCAGGUGCCCGUGUCCCCGGCGCUUGAUCUCGACAGCAGUGCGGACGAGCUUGAGGCUCUGAUUGCGGGCACCGGCCCCUCACCAGGACCACCCGCAAAGAAAGCGCGGAGGCGGCCUAAGAAGCAAGCAGUUGCGUUUGAUGUCGAGGAUGGGCAGCAGGACCAGGACGUAGCGUCGGAGGGCUCCGAAAGCGAGGAAGACGGCGCGCACCCGGCCGGAGAGGAGGACGCCUCGUCCUCGGGUUCGUCGACUAUCGCGGAUGGCACGAGUAGCAAAGAAGACCUUGGAACGCAAUCCCUGGUUCCCGCGGCGGGUGGCCCGAAACCGCGAGGCUGGGUCGAGAGACACGCCCGAAAGGCCCAGGGUACCAUAGCUGCACUGUCCUACUGCACUGGUUACCGCAGCGGGCGCCUGGUGCGCCGCGCCGGUGUAAAGGCGAAACGCAUAUUGACUUUCCGGACCGUCCGUAAAAUCCGUCGAUCGGCGCCCGUGGUCGCGAACAAGGUCGGGGGGCAUCUGCGCGACUUCUUUCUGCCCGAAUCCAUCCGCAACGACAUCAAGGAGCAGGUGCUGAUGGGGCGGCGUUUUCAACUCCUCCGUGAUUACGCCAUUUGCCCGUACAACGUUGCGGAAUAUCUCGAUCGCGCCUACGUGAAGUUUCGCGUGCCCGGGCAAAAACGAAACAUCACCAGCAACUUUCCCCUUCCCGAUCAGCGGUUCAUCUGCUUCGAGUUCCAGUGCUUCGACAUGAUCCCCGACUUUUCCCUGGUGCAGGUGGGCUUCGCCUUGAAGCCCUCCUACGGCAGCAAACUGCCGGGAGAGUUCCAGACCUCGCUCGGCUACAACAACCUUGGCUGGGUGCACAAAUUCGACGAGGACGACUACACCGGGCACCCGGCCCGCGCGUUCACGAACAAGCCCUUCUACGAGGAGGACAUUGUCACCUGUUUGAUCGACCGGAAGGUGGGCAUGGUGAAUUUCUACGUGAAUCGCGACCCCGUGUUCGCCAAGUUUCAGUUCUUCAAGGCCCUCCACCUCGCGUCGCGCGACCCCUGCUACGUGUGCAUCGGGGUGAAGGAGGCGGCCACGAUCCGCGUCGACUUCGGGGGCUACGGGUACUCGCCGGUCACCAACGCGGUGAUCUGGCGCGAGGAGCGCAUGCGCAACUGCGGACUGCACUGGUCGACCUGCAUGUUUGGCGAGUACUCGGACGACCGCGAGCCGGUGGACGUGGUCGGGCUGCGGUUGAACUAUUUCCUGUCGCAGGACUUUUUGCAGAGGCAAAAACAACAGAAGCUCGAGGAGGAAAAGAUGGUGACCACGGAGGAGUUUGAGCUUGUGCGCUCCUGCGCCAAGACCCUGUCGGAGGAGAUGGUGCUCCAGGGAAGGGCCGGCGACGAGAAGCAGCAGGAGAAGAUGCGGGCCGCGAAGGAGGAGGCGCACAUUUAUAAGCGGAAGGUGAUGCGCGCGCAGACGCCAGAGGAGGCCCAGAUGCGGCAGGCGUUCCUGAUGCGCAUGAGCUACAUGCUGCCGCAGCGCGACGUGACAAACCAGGUGGGGACGGCCAUGGGGAUCAUCGCGGAGCGCGGGACGUCCUUCCGCGAAUUGGUGGAACAACAAAUGGCUGAUACGGGAGAAUUGGACAGGCUGUACACCCCGCGCAACGAAGACGAGCUGGAGGAGUCGGAGGAGGAGGCUCCGGAACCAGUAUCCCCGACGCAAUCGGAGCAGAGUCCGGUGAACAAAUCCGGGAGUGAAGGGGGUCGCGAGGACGGGGAGACCGACGAGGAAUUGCUGUCGCCCGAGGAGGUGAUGGGGCGCUCCGAGUCGAAGGAGGCCGAGGCGCUUUUGGAAAUCGAGAUGGCUAGGGAGGCCGCCGAGAAAGCGGCCCUGCCUGGCGGGGGGAAAAAACCGAAGAAGCACCUCUCCCCGGCGUUGGACCGGGAAGAGACCGAGCGCAGGAUGGAGGUCGCGUACGGAUUUAAAUUGGUGUACGCGAGCGACUACUACCGUCCGAAGAAGACGCGGUGCCGUGUGGGGAAGUGCGGCUGCGAGAAGUUUGAGCGCGACAAGGACCUGGAGGACCAGGAAAUCUGCGCCAACUGCGGACACCGUGAACGAUGCCAUCGCAGCGUGCGCGAGCUGUCGCGGCCGCAGACGGCGGAGAACGACCAGUACGCGGCUAAAAACGUCCCGCUGGACAUCUUUGACUACCUGAGCGGCCGGAGUCAGCGCGUGUACCGUUGGCGGUCGUACUCCCUGGGCACGGAGGUGGACCGUAUGAUGACGGCGGACAUGAAGCGACAGGGUUUCCACAAGCAGAAGGAGUUCAUGAUCGGGCGCAAGUACGAGAUUGACCCGAUGAUUCUGGCGAUGAAGCGAAACUACUACAACGUGGACAACGGCAUGAUUCUUGCCAACGACAGCUUCACCGACGCCACGGUAAUGGCGCGGCCCUGGACACACGGCGGCUUUCGAGGCGAGCGAGCGGCGCAGUGGUUUGUGGAGGAGACGGAGCGGAGGAAAAAGCGGGAACUGGAAAGGCUGCGCAAGGAGCGGGAGAAGCGAAUGAAGAGGAAGCAGAAGCGCGGUAAGGGGGCACGAGGAGGAGCAGGGGAGAAGGACGACGUGAAGCCCCCGAAGGCUGGAGGCGGGAAGAAACUAGACCCUAUGGGAGUGACUCCGCCGGCCGGCUUUGGCUCCUUGUUCGCGAGUGCGAUCCCAGAGGAUAGCGUGAUGGGCGGGGAAGACAUCUGUCCUCCAGCCACAACUAAACUUGAAGAAGGUGAAUAUGAGGGCAAAACGCUAGCUGACCUGGAAUUCGCGCGCAUGCCCGGGGACGCCGCAGCGGGCGAUGAAGGUGCUAGCCCGCAGAAGGCGGGAAAUUUUAAAGACGACGACGAUGGUGCCAAUUCCAGCGGAAAGUCAGGGAAGUCGCAGACAGUGAAAUCUCGCUCGGCUACGAAAGACGGGGAAGAAUCUUCGGACGAUUCGGGGAAAGAUGGUGACGACACGGACGAGGAUAAGCCGGUCGUUCCAGCGACUCCGUCAACUGCGAGCACAGGAGCAAAACGCUGGGCCGCCCUUCGCGGUGCUGCAAAGUUUGGUGGUGCACUGAAAAAGCUCUCAACUGGCGGAGCGCCUGCGUCUGCAGGAAAGCAGCUGUGACGUUCUAAAUCUAAAAAUUCGGAUUAGGAUUUAAAGAGCCGAAACGCGCGAAUUCAUAUAUUGGCUCUAGAGCACUACCACACGUAUCAAAAUAAA